UAGCCUACUUUCGAUAGGAGCUCUUUGAUAUAAAUGAUGCACUACCACAUAGUCAUGGAGAAUGAUAGGGUCCGACACUUGUGUGUGUCAUGGUUGGUAGCAGAGUAUUAGACAACGCCCUAUAGGCCACCCCCCAAUAUAAGCACACACAGCAUUUGGCCCUCCAAGGACAUACCCCACUCACUACAUAUAACACACGCACCGUGCAUCAAUUUAUAGACCAAACUUAUUUAUCAUGGACAACUGGGUUAUUCGCCAUUCAAAGACGUACAACAAGGAUUACUAUUUCAACACAGUAACAAAGGAAAGCCGAUGGGACAAGCCCGAUGUCGGCGACACUGAACAAGUGCGUGUCAGUCACUUGCUUGUAAAGCAUCGUGAUUCCAGACGACCAUCGUCAUGGCGAGAGGAAAAUAUAACGCGGUCAAAAGACGAAGCAUUUGAGAUCCUAAAAGAAUACCAGCGCAAAAUUGAAGGUGGCGAGGAAACGCUGUCAGCACUGGCAACCAAUUACUCGGAUUGUUCGAGUGCAAAGAGAGGUGGCGACUUGGGACACUUUGUACGUGGACAGAUGCAGAAACCCUUUGAGGAUGCGGCUUUUGCGCUUCAAGUGGGUGAAUUGAGCCAGCCAGUAUGGACCGACAGUGGUGUGCACUUGAUCCUUAGAACUGCCUAAAGGCACCCAAUUAUUAGUUAUAAUAAACAACAUUGCCCCCCCCCUUUUUUUUUUGCCGUUUUCAUACCAGCUAACGUAAAGUCUAUAUGGCCCCCCUCUCAAA